AUGGUGGGGUGCUGGAGGUUGAGUAGUUCAAACAUGGCUAAAUUCGUAGUAGUGGUGCUGAUGAUGCUGUUGUUUGUAGCACCAAAUAUUGGAAUAGUGUCAUCAGAAGAAGCAAGCUUUAAUCAAAGGAGACAUUUGAUGCAAGUAGGGAAUGGUUCGGAAUCAGGAAGAGUAUCAGAUAAUACUGCAAGGGUUGAUCCUCUGGAUCAUUUGAAGAAAUACAGAGGAGGGUAUGACAUAACUAAUAAGCACUACUGGAGUUCCACAGCCUUUACAGGAAUUUACGGAUAUACCAUUGCAGUUGCAUGGGCGCUUUGCGGGUUGGUUUAUGGACUAUGUUUGGUUGUAACAUCAUGUUGUUAUAAGAAGAAGAAAGUACAAGAGUUCAAGAAUGGAUCGAACAUUCACAAGCAGUUUUAUCUUCGGCCGGUUCUUGUGGCAGUAUUCCUCACACUCUUAGCAAUAAUUGGAUGUGGGCUUGUUCUUGGAGGGACAGCAAAGUUCCAUUCAAGAGCCAAAACAGUGGUGGACAUUCUGAUCAACACGGCAGAUGAUGCAUCCGAUACCAUAUAUAACACGACGACAGCCAUGGAUGACAUGAACAACAGCUUGGAAGCAGCACAAGAAACCGGAAGGGUCUCCGGUUUCCUCAGUUCCACAUCCAAAAGGCUUGAUGAUCAGGCUGCUGAUAUAAGCAGACAAGCAAGGAAGAACAGGAGAGCAAUAUACAAGGGCCUCAAGAUAGUGUAUAUAAUAACUUCAGUUAUCAUCUCAAUCAAUUUGGUAGCUGCUAUUGUUAUGACAGUGUCUGGCAUUCUAAAAUCAAGAAGAAGUUUAAGACUGCUUAUUGGGAUUUGCUGGAUAGUCGCAUUCUUUUGCUGGAUGUUUUUCGGGAUCUACUACUUCAUAUACAAUUUUGCAGAUGACACUUGCACAGCCCUAGAAGGAUUUCAACAAGAUCCUUACAACAACAGUUUAAGUUCACUUCUUCCCUGUGAUGAACUCCUUUCGGCGAAGUCGGUCCUUUCUGAAGUUAGUGCAGAGGUACACAACAUUGUUAACCAGGUUAAUAGGAACAUUGAUAAAACCUAUGGAAACAUUGCUCAAAUCUGUAAUCCUUUCUCACCACCACCCGAGUAUCAAUACCAACCACAAAAAUGCCCAGCGGACACAAUUCAAAUUGGAGAUAUUCCACAGCUAUUGAAGCUAGUGGCAUGUCCUGAUUAUGAGGGAUCAACAUGCACCGGAGGAAUCUUAAUCCCCGUCAGGGAUUACAAUCUCAUGGAGAGCUACUCAACAUCAAUUCAGAGGCUAUUGAAUCAAUAUCCUCAUCUGGAAAGGCUGGUGGAGUGCCAGACAGUGACAGACGCUUUUUCAGAUAUCCUACACAACCACUGUAAGCCUCUAAAACGAUACGGAAGGAUGGUGUGGGGAGCACUGGCUUUCCUCUCAGUGGUAAUGGUGGCUUUAGUCCUUAUAUGUGUAUAUGAAGUAGUCUACCAACUGAAACAUCGGUCCUCCGACAGUUCUGUGAAACCAUAUUCUACAGGAGGUGAAACUCUGGAAUCAGGAGUAGAUAAAGCAACUAAUAAUGAUUAUGAGUAA